AUGGAUAGCCCAAAGGCAAUGAACCAACAUGACAUUGUUCAUGAUGUUAUUCAUGAUGAGGACCCAGACCCUAUCAAAGUCACAACGCAGAGUUGCAUGACGGAGUCACGCAUGCAAGCUGCCUUGCUAAGGGAGAACCCUCGUGUAUUUCGAAAGAGCUUUUUGAAGCUGUACGGAUGUAUUUUUGUUGGAUACUUGUGUUCGGCGACAAAUGGAUUCGACUCUAACACUUUUGGAGGCUUAUCGGCCAUCCCUCAGUUUACUAAAUACUUUGGCAUCGACACCCAUAAUCAAGGCCUUGUUGCAGCUCUCUAUGUCAUAGGCAACAUAGCAGGCUCUUUCUUCGCUGGGCCAUGCUCCGAUACAUAUGGCCGCCGCGUAGGCAUGGCUAUCGGAUCGGCCAUCUGCGUGGUCGGUGCCAUUCUCCAGACUGCUGGUACAAAUUUGUCCAUGCUCAUGGGAGGACGAUUUAUUCUAGGCAUGGGUGCGGUGCUUGUUCAAACAGCCGGUCCCACUUGCUUUUUCCUUGGUACCAUAGUGUCAACUUGGCUGGAAUUUGGACUGAAUCAUGCCAAAACUACACUUUCGUAUCCUUGGAGACUUCCUCUUGCGAUUCAGGGUCUUCCAUCCGUCAUUAUCCUUUGUGCCAUUUGGUUUAUCCCUGAAAGCCCUCGUUGGUAUGUGGGCCAAGGACGAGUAGCUGAAGCUAAAAACAUACUCAUCAAGUAUCAUGGUGAUGGAGACCCAGAUGCUCUUGUCGCGAAUCUCGAACUACAAGAGAUGAUCGAAGUCAUUGAACUUGAUGGUUCCGAUAAAAGGUGGUGGGAUUUUAGGUCGCUAUUUAACACCAGGGCAGCGCGGUAUCGAACCUUUCUCGUUACUUGCAUCGCCUGGUUCGGAGAGCUCGACUUGCCACCAACAAGUUAUUACUUCCCGCUCAUGGUCAAGACGGUGGGCAUCACCAAUGUCAAUACCCAACUACUCUUAAACGCGAUUCAAACUCCAGUCAUGGCUGCUGCCGCACUCUGUGGGCUUAGUGUUGUGCAUAAAUUUGGUCGCCGCAAACUUCUCAUGUUUUCCAGUGCUGGAAUGUCCGUGUCCAUUGCCAUUAUAACAGCAUGCACUGCUCUACAGGCGGGAAGACCUGCCGUCGGCGGCACUGGUAUCGCUUUUCUUUACAUUUUUCUCAUCGUUUUCGCUUUCGCCUGGACUCCAAUGCAAUCACUCUACCCGGUCGAAGUUCUCUCAUUCAAUUCGAGAGCAAAGGGCAUGGCUUAUUUGGCAUUUAUGAACAAUGCUGUCAAGGUCAUGAAUACGUACGUUCCACCAAUCGCCAUCGCCAAUGCCGGCUGGAAAUAUUACCUCCUUUAUGUCUUUUGGGACGCGUUUGGUGUCGUCGUCAUUUAUUUAUUUUUCGUUGAAACGAGGGGCUGGAGCUUGGAAGAAAUUGAAGACCUGUUCCAAGCGAAGAAUCCUGUUAAAGCAAGUCUUGAGAAGAAGAACAUCAGCGUCGCACAUGAUGGAACCAUCACACAUGUUCAAGAUGAUGGAAGCGAUGCUUGA